AUGAAGUCUGCUCUGGCCAUUCUGUCCCUUCUGCCUUUGGCUCUCGGAGAGGCGACCGUGUAUCUUAUUCGUCACGGCGAGAAGCCAUCCAGUGGCAACGGUCUGAACGCACAGGGUAUGCAGCGUGCACAGUGCCUGAGAAAUGUAUUCGGUGCCAACUCUGGUUAUAACAUCGACACGAUUUUAACACAGCAAUAUAAGUCCGACGGAUCCCGAAAGCGUCCAUACGACACCGUUACUCCUCUUGCACAAGAUCUUGGAUUGACCAUCAACCACUCCUGUGAUAGAGAUGACCCAGACUGUGUAAAAGAUGCAGUCAAAGCCCACAGAGGUUCGGGAAACAUCCUCAUUUGCUGGGAGCACGAUGCGCUGCACGAUAUUGUUAAGGAUCUCGGUGCCAGCGAUGCUCCCUCGUACCCAAGUGAUCGAUUCGACUUGAUAUGGAAGGACCCAUACAACUAUUCCAAAGUGACCGACAAGUACUCGGAGAACUGCCCGGGGUUAGACAACUGA